AUGAACGCGGAUACCGAGGAUACGAUCAUUCCCUUGCCCGGUUCCUCUCGCCGUCUCAGCCAAUCCUCAGGUAACCAGAAUUCCCAUUAAUCGUAUCAUCCCUGAAUAUCCUCUUAAUGAGAACCCUGUCUAAUAUAUUGGUGUUAUGAGACCAGAGUUCCCUCUCACAAUCGGGUUAACCCAAUUUGUGUUUACUUCUUUGCUCAGACAUUUCAUUUCCCGUUUUCUCGCCCUGCUGGCCAUUUCCCAGUCAUUCCUCCAAUCUCGGCCAUGUUCAGUCGGCGAGCCGCCUCAAGUCCUCAAACCGUGGUUUCAGACUCGACCUAUCGUCGAGAUCCCUUUAACAAGCCGGAGCAUGUCAACACUCUCCGCGGGAAAGAGUUGUGUCUAUUUGUUUUCAUCUACGUGAUUGCGGUCAUCUUCAUCAUGGCCGUCUUCGAGAGUAUCAUGCCGGUAAUGUUCGAGAGGAAAUGGUUUUCGAAUGGUGGGUUUGGGUUGGUGAAAUAUGAUACGGAACUGCUUCCUUCAUCAGGGAUCCUGUUUGACCCGAAAUUCGCGUUUUACAGUAUUACUAUUUUAUGUAACAUGUAUCCCCAUAUACUUUUUUUAUUUUGCGUCAAGCCCAUAUCAAAGCUUUCGUUUGGAAAAUAUUUUUUAAGGAGUGCACCCUCGCGUGAAAAGACAUAUUCGUUUUGGUAUGACAAUUUACGAUGCAGAGUCCCAGAGUGACAGUGACAUAAUACCAGAUGGCAUAAACAAAUCCCUGUCUAGAAUUGCGCAUAUUUCUUCGUAUAAAUAUUCCAUCGGUUUGAUGCAGACAGAAACUUAAUUAGAGCUUUAGGCGAUGACGAAGAGAUCGAAAAUGCCACGACAACCAAAUGA